AUGGAAUUCGAGGCGUCUUCAUUGCGCCAAACACAGGCUUCAAUUGGCAGCGGCUCGCGGGCGCGAGGGUCCUCCUCAUCAAAGAUCAGGAUCCCUAGGGGUAUAUCGGUUAUAAUCGCGGGUACCGUGUCUGGGAAUUACCUGGAGCAUGGCGUGCGUAUAAAUUCGGUAUUUACGAGUUAUAGGAUAUCUGGGACGAGUUUCUCUCAGCGCUUGGGCAACCUUGCUGGUCCUACGGACGUCGAGAAGACCUUUUGA